CGCUAAAAAACAAUGACAUUUAAGCAAAAUAUCAAAAUUGUUGUGCAGAGUUGUCACCCAAUUAAAAAUUGCAUGAAUGUAUCGUGUCGUUGGGCGUUGUGACAACUCUAGCAAUUUAUCGACAAUUUUUAGCCUACGGUCGAUAUCUUCAUUGCUUUUUCCUGUGCUCAGCAGAUUUUCGUGUGCACCAAAAUAAAAAAAUAGAAAAUAAAUAAAAAAAAUAAAAAAAAAAUAGAAAAAAACAUAUAGAAUAUACAAAGUGAAAACCAAGUGAUAGUUAAAGUGAACGGAUAUCUAUGUAUAUGCCUUGAGUCGAAACAGUACAACAACAAUUUGUAUGAAAGUGUUAUAAUAUAGCUGCGAAAACCCCCAAUGGGCAAAAUAGUAUAAAUACAUAUGAGAAAAAUCGCUAAUCGCGAUAGCAAUAACAUAAAGAGCAACAACAACAGUGUAUAUAUAUAUAUAUAUAUAUAUAUAUGUGUGUGUGUGUUGUAAUUGAACGGAUAGCGACAGCCACACACGGGGCCCAGCAGUAAAAAAAAUAUAAAAAAUAUAACAAUCGACAGAGUGUAUUCAAAUUAGAAUCGUGAGUUGACGACGACGACGACGACAUUCCAUAACUGCGCUGCGUGGUAGCCAACAGUUAUUCGCAACGCCAAAAAUGCAGCAGCAGUACUCGGAUCAGGAUCAAUAGCAGGCCCUGCAAACAAAAAAAAUAAAAAAUAACACAAAGCAACAAAAACACCCAAGCGAAACGAGUGGAGUGGGAGAGGAGGCCAUCACGCGCCAACCAAUACGGAAACAGCAGCAGCAACAACAACAACAACAGCAAAAUAGAACAACAACAACAAGAACAAGGCGAAAACGAUAUUUGCCCACAGAUACACACGCACAGCAUAAAGCGAACAUAGUCAGCAUAAGAGGAGGAGGAGUUGGAGACGGAGUUGGUGUCGUGGUUUGGUCUCGUGUUUGUACCAUAAAACCAUGGUGAGUACGAAUCUGGUUGUGCCUGUGGUGCUAUGGGGUCCGACAGCGCCCACGCACUGCAUAUCGAGCGUCUUUCUGUCGGACGAUCAAUGCACACUGGUCACCGGCUGCUACGAUGGACAGAUCUGCCUGUGGCAAGUGGAGCCAGCCACAUUAAAGAUGUCACCACGCUGCCUGCUCGUUGGCCACUCGGCGCCAGUGCUGUGCCUGGUGCGCGCCUCGCUGCUGCCGGAGAAUAAUUUUCUAGUCAGUUCAUCGGAGAACGGUGAGAUGUGCACCUGGGAUCUGAUCGAUGGCAAGUGCACCGAGGCUGUCAAGCUGCCCCAGGUGCAUACACAAAUCCAAAGCUAUCAUACCGCAAACAGCGAGGAUGUGCGUCUCUUCUGCAUUGGCUAUUAUGCCGAGAUUAUGGUCAUGGAUCCGUUUAGCCUGGAGGUGAUCUAUGUGCUCAGCUCCAAGGUGAAGCCCGAUUGGAUAUCUGCCAUACAUGUGCUGCGUCCGAUGCGCCGCAAAGAUGAUGUCGUGCUGGCCAUCACGACCACCGGCACCGUCAAAGUCUGGACAUUGACGGGCAACGAGAACAAGCACGCGGAGCCCAUCUACGAGAACGAGUCGAAGGAGAUACGUUGCCUGAAUGCCAUCACCAUGAACUGUUGUGCACAGAAUCAGCGCACUGUGCUCCUGGUUUGCACCAAAUACUGGCAGAUCUACGAUGCCGGCGACUUUACCGUGCUCUGCUCGGUAAUAGCCCCGGCUCGGGAACGUUGGCAGGGCGGCGAUUUUAUCACCUCGGAUCGUGUUAUGCUCUGGACGGAUGAGGGCAAGGGAUAUUUGUAUAAGUUACCCGCAAAUUGUAUACCCGAUAACAAGGAGUUCCAUUCCAAGAGCGUCGUACGCGAUGCACCCUAUCUGUACUAUGUGCUGCAGCAUGCCGGCGACAAGGUGCUCUCGUGCCCGCCGGCCAUGAAGCUGUUGAUGGGCCAGCAGACACAUUUUCUGUUGCGCGGCGACUCCGAGGGCUAUAUAUCGGUAUGGAAUGUGCCGGAGGUGCCAUUGGAUAACAUUAGCAUAUUGCAGGCCAAGCAAAUGCCGCCUCGCAUACAGAAGCCGCAUGUCUGCACUUCGCUGGUGGAGGCCUGGUCGAUUAUGGAUCCACCGCCGGUGGGCAUACUCGACCAGCUGUCGCGCAUCACGGAGUCGCCGGUGAAGCUGACAUCCAGCAUUUAUUUGCCACAGCAGAGCCGUUUGGUCAUCGGACGCGAAGAUGGCAGCAUUGUGAUUGUGCCGGCAACACAGACGGUUAUGAUGCAGCUGCUCGUCGGGAUUAAGCAGAACUUCAGUGAUUGGCCCUCGCAUCAGAUACUGUAUGGGCAUCGCGGACGCGUCAAUUGCUUGCUGUGCCCGUCCAUGGUGCAUCCGCGCUACGAGAAAUCCCAUCUGCUCUCCGGCGGCAUUGAUUUCGCCGUGUGCUUAUGGGAUUUGUACAGCGGCAGUCUGUUGCAUCGGUUCUGUGUGCAUGCCGGUGAGAUAACACAGCUGCUCGUGCCGCCGGAGAGCUGUAGUCCGCGUAUACUUAAAUGCAUUUGCUCGGUGGCCUCCGAUCAUUCGGUCACCCUGGUUAGUUUGCAGGAGCGCAAAUGCGUUACGCUAGCGAGUCGCCAUCUGUUUCCGGUUGUGACCAUCAAAUGGCGUCCACUCGAUGAUUUUCUCAUUGUCGGCUGCUCUGAUGGCAGUGUCUAUGUUUGGCAAAUGGAAACGGGUCACUUGGAUCGUGUGCUCCAUGGCAUGCUCGCCGAGGAGGUGCUCUCUGCCUGCGAUGAGCAGGCUCUGGACGAGGGCGGCACCGGUGGCGGCAAUUCGGGCAGCGGUGCUGCCAAUUCGGCCAGUGAGAUGGGCAUGGCCAAUCCGGCGGUGCAUUUCUUUAGGGGACUCAAGUCGCGCAACAUGAACGCCAUACGGCAUGCCACACAGCGCGGCAUCCAUCAGCUGCAGCAGCUGCAGGGCCACAAUCAGGGCAACAUUGAUUUAUUGAUGAAGCAUCGCAGCAAUCCGCUGGUCAUACAGGGUUUGCGUACCAAUCCCAAGGAUGCCGAGAGUCACAUACUCUUCUUCGAUAUCGAGGGCCUGAUAUUCGAGCUGCACAGCGAGGAAUAUGCACAGAUGUCGCCCGCCGCCUUGGAGGCGCUCGGUGUGCAUCUGCAGCAUCCCAAGGAUGGCAAAUCGAUGCACAUUGAUGCGAGCAAAAAGAUCGGUGACUUCUUCAGCAAGGUCAAGAACAAGGCCGUCGAUGUGGAGAAGAUACUCAAGGACAAGGACAAGCACGGACUGGUGCAGAAGUUCAAAGAGAAGACGGAAAUUGUCGAGAAGAAGGUGCAGGCCAAGGUGGAGAGCCUGCAGAAGGCCGUUGAAUCGCACGAGGAGCAGCCGCAAGAUCUAAGGAGUAAGAUUGCAUCCAAAAUGGAGGUGACGCAUGUCAUGGAAGUGGCACAGCUUCUGCUCUCGCUGCUGCACUCCUGGGGCCUCGAUCCGCAUCUGGAUAAGGUAUGCGAAUCCCAGCUGGGUCUGCUGCGUCCCAUUGUGCCCAUCUCGUACGGUGUGCUCUCCAAGGCGGGCUACAUGUCCCUGCUGCUGCCCACCUGGCAGAAUAACUAUGCCAUACCGCCGGGACUGCUCCAGCAACCCUCCAGCUCCAAGAAGCGUCCGCUGCCCGAGGAACUGCAGCGUCUGGAGCACUUGACGGCCAUUUUUACAUCCCGUCUGCACUGGGAACUAAGCACCACAUUGACAUCGAAUCACAUACUGGCACUGGUCGCCAUGUCCAAUACGCUGAUGUCCAUGAGCGCCGCCUCAUUUCUGCCAGACAGCGAGAAGCACAAGAAGCUGCAGCGUUUGGCCCAGCGUGCCGACUCCACGCUGAACAGCGAGGAGGAGCGCGAGGAGCUGCUCGCCCAUCACACCUCACAGAUCAAGCAGGGCUGGAGCCUGCUGUCCACACACCAUUGCUUCCUCUUGCCCGACAAAAUCGAGGCGCUCGAGCCCAAGAAAUUCAAGCGUCCACAGGUCGAAAUGAUGGUCAAGCGCUGGCAGCAUCAUUGCAUCGAGAUACGCGAAGCAGCGCAACAGAUACUGCUCGGCGAACUCACCCGCAUGGGCAAGAAGGGACGCAAACAGCUCGUCGAGAGCUGGGCACAGUAUUUGCCACUCUAUACGCACACCGAGCCCAUUGUCGGCGCCCAGCAGAUGGCGAAUAGUCAGGCGGGUGGCGGCUCUGGCGGAGGUGGCUCCGGUGGUGCUGGCGGUGGUUCUGGUGGUGCUGGCGGUCCCAACUCUCUGGUGGGCAACGGCGGCAGCUCAUUGUCGGGCGGCCAGGUGAUUGCUGGCGGCGCAGGCGUUGGCAUUGGCGGCUCCGGCGAUCAGCAGGAUGAGGACUAUGAGGAGGAGGAGGAGGAGAUCAUACGCAAGCCGUCCAGUCUGUCGGAGCUGAAGCGCAAACAGACCACCGCCGUCAUACUGCUGGGCGUCAUUGGCGCCGAAUUCGGUCAGGAUAUAUCGCAGGAGUCGCCGAAUCAUCGGGGCAGCAUCAGUCUGGGCCAUGCCAACGAGCGUCGCAAAUCCUCCGUGGUCGAGGGCUUCGGCAUUGCCAACAAUCUGGCCCGUCUCACCUCCAUGGCGCUGGCCCAUCUGCUGUACGCGCCGCCAUCGCCCAAGCUGCCGCAGUAUACGCCGCUGCGUCGUGCGGCCAUCGAUCUGUUGGGCCGCGGCUUUACCGUCUGGGAGCCCUAUCUGGACGUGUCCAAGGUGCUGCUCGGCCUGCUGGAGAUCUCGUGCGAGGGCAAGGAGGUGCCCAACUUAAAUUACAAAUUGCCAUUGACACCGCAAGCGGAUGCCUGUCGCACGGCGCGUCACGCACUCCGGCUAAUCGCUACGGCACGGCCGGCGGCCUUCAUCACGACCAUGGCCCGGGAGGUGGCACGCUACAAUACGAUGCAGCAGAAUGCCCAAUCGAUCAAUACGCCGUUGACCCAGUCUGUGCUGUACAAGGCCAAGAGCGAGAUAUUGCAAUGCGUGGAGAUGCUAAUUGAUAAAAUGCAAUCGGAGAUUGCUGGACUGCUGGUCGAGGUCAUGGAUAUUGCGUUGCACUGCGUCGACAGCAAUGAGCUGAAGAGUCGCGGCCUGGCCGAGCUGUGCCCGGCCAUCUGUAAAUUCAACCAAAUCUCGCAUUGCGCCCAAACACGACGCAUUGCCGUCGGCGCCAAUAGCGGCAAUUUGGCCAUCUACGAGCUGAGGCAGAAUAAAUGCCAAAUGAUACCCGCCCAUACGCAUCCGAUCACCUCGUUGGCCUUCUCGCCCGAUGGCAAAUAUUUGGUAUCUUAUUCGUGUACCGAGAAUCGUUUGUCCUUCUGGCAGACGAGCACCGGCAUGUUCGGUCUGGGCCAGUCGCAGACGCGCUGCACCAAGGGCUACUCAACGGCGCCCAUACCGGAUGUGUCGCGGCUGAAUCCGAUGCGACUGGCCAAGCUGGUCUGGAUUAACAAUCGCACCGUGACGCUUAUGCUGGCGGAUGGCUCUGAGACGCGAUUCAAUGUUUAAAAUUUCAAGCGAACGAUUAACAACGAGUUUCAUUUCAACGACUAUCGAUAGCGAUUUAUCGAUAAUAUUCACUUGCAUACAUCUAUCGUUAUCGAUUUAUCGAUCGACAUAUUAAGGAUUAUCGAUUUAUCGAGCAACAUUAGGUAUUAUCGAUCAACGUUUAUUGUUAUCAAUUCAUCGAUCAACAUGUAAUUUUGUGGAUUUAUCGAUUAACAUUGAUUGUUAUCGAUCUAUCGAUCAACAUUUAUUGGUAUCCAUUCGUCGAUCAACAUUCAUCGUUAUCGUUCUAUCGAUCAACAUUUUAUUGCUAUCAAUUCGUCGAUCAACAUUCAUCGUUAUUGAUUUAUCGAUAAACGCCCAUCGAUAGUCCCAAGAAUAGAGCGGAGUCAACGUCGUUAGGCCACAUACUGAGCAGCCGAGCUGCAUACUAUUUAGGCAAUCAACAACGCGGGCUUCAAAAGCGAGCGACACGAUCAUCAACUAAAACAAUAAAUAGACAACAAAUAAAUAGUAAACAAUAAAAAGUCAAUAAAAAAACAGGCAAACCCAAUAUGAGAAAAUAAAACCAACUGUUAUUUAUUAUGUAUAAUAUAUAUAAAUAUUUGUAUUUGUAUACAUAUGUAUUUUAAUUGUAUUUUGUGCGAUUUUAAAACGUUUUUUCCUGGCAUUGUUUAAGAAACCAAAAAACAAAAACAAAAUAGAAGAAAAACUAAUUCAAACAGCGCCCGAAACAGACUUUCGAUAACCAAAACAAUUUGCCCAAUGCAUAUUAUUGAGGGUACUCCCUUCGAAAUUACUUUUUUUUUUGUUUUAAGUUAAUUUUCUUUUUAUCUUUUACCAUAUUUUUUUUUUUUAAAUAUAUUAUUUUAUAUGCGCAAAUCGUUUUGGUUUUCGGCAGUUGAGAACUUCGCUGUUUAAUAUUUAUGUAAUGCGUGUAUUCUGUAGUUCUAAGAGAAGCUAAAUGCUAUUUGUUUUGUUAAAGAAAAAUAUAUACAUAUAAAAGAAACACAAAAAAAAAACUAUAAAUUAUUAAAAGCAAAAAAAAAAAAUACUACAAAAUGCGACCGAAAGCAACUUAACAAAAACACAACUACAUUUGUUUAAACAAAAUGGAAUUGAAAACU